AUGAUUUCAAAUGGUGGAUUAGAUGGAGAUCUAUAUGGUAUAUCACCAUUUCAACAAGGAAGAACUUUUAUGACACCACCUCGUAAUCCACCAAUUUAUUAUAAUAAUUCGAGUUAUUCUCAACCAUCAAUGAUGACACGUGAUGGACCAAUAACUAAUAAUGUUAGUGGUGCUAAUAACAACAAUGCGAAUGCUUAUUUAACUGAUUUACAUUCACAUUCAGUACAGAGCAAAUAUUCACAUCCUAAUCCUAUGAUGGGAUCAUCACGUUUAGCACAUCUUGGAGUUAAUGGAACAUUCAAUAAUCUUGGAUCUGUUUCUAGUCAUGUUCGUAAAAGCUUACAAAUGACAAUCGAUGCAGCAGCCGUAGAUAAUAAUACACGUAUAUCACCGGAAAAUAAUAUGGAAUUUUUUCCAUAUUCACAAAGAGCACCAUAUAGCAUGCAACAAUUAACUGAUGAUGAUCUAUUGAUAAGUGGUUCAAAUCAUUAUGAUGAAAAAGAACGUACAGUUCCACCUGAUAUGUCAUCUGUUCGACAAGCACGUCCUGAUUUUGCUUAUUUUAUGACUGAUGAAUUGAGAACUGAAUUAUUGAGACGUAACCAAAUGUUAACUGCCUGCGCAAAUCUUGACGUAGCAGCUGCUAUGCCUGAACGUGUGGGUGAUUAUUAUAAUUUGAUGCCACUUGAUAGUAGUCAAGCUAAUGUUCCACAUAAAUCCCGAACAUUUCGUUAUCAAACAAUAAGUUAUAAAGCAACACAUACUCGAACAAAUGCGAUAUGUUAUUUAAAACGAAUAAUGGGUUGUAAAUUACCAACAGUACGUUUAUAUGAAGUUGUUGAAACUUGGAAAAAAUUAAUACAUGCUAAUAUUGUACAAUUACGUGAAGUUUUUUUAACAAAAGAUUUUGAUGAUGAACAACCUUCUAUUAUAUUUGUCUAUGAUUUUCUUCCAUGUUGUGAAACAUUACAAAAACGUCAUUUUAGUGCAAAUAAUAGCCUAUUGAAAGGUUGGUCAAAUCCUUAUAAUAUAUCGGGUGAAGAUCGUCCAUUUAGUGCUGGAAAAGGAACAAAUCAAUCGGGUUUAUUAGCUGAAUCACUUAUUUGGGAAUAUGUUGUACAAAUAUCAUCAUUAAUUCGAACAUUACAUGCAGCAUCACUUGCUUGUCGUUGUUUACAUUUAUCAAGAUUACUUGUUGAUGGAGAUUCUAAAACAGGACGUGCAAAAUCUAGAAUAUGGUUAAGUGGUGUUGGUAUUGCCGAUAUACUUGAUGGACCUAUGAAUGGAACUAUUCAUGCACAUAUACAAAGUGAUUUACAAGAUUUUGGUCGUUUAAUAUUAAUGUUAGCAUGUAAUUCAAUAGUCGGUGCACAGAAAGAACAUUUACAAACAUCAUUAGAAAUUGUUCAAAGAAGUUAUUCACAUGAUCUUAAAAAUCUUAUAUUACACUUCUUAGUACCAUCAAAUACAAUAAAACCAAAAAGUAUUAAUGAAUGCAUGCCAAUGAUUGGUGCAAGAUUUUAUGCACAUAUUGAUAAUUUACAUGUACGAGGUGAUAUACUUGAAAAUGAAUUAGCAAAAGAACUUGAUUGUGGUCGUCUAUUUCGAUUAAUAUGUAAACUGAAUACCGUUCUUGAACGUCCUGAGCAUUCAAUGAAUCAAGCUUGGUCUGAAACUGGUGAUCGUUAUAUCUUAAAAUUAUUUCGUGAUUUUAUAUUUCAUUCAAUUGGUUUCGAAGGUGAACCAAUUGUUGAUAUGGCACAUGUUGUUCAAUGUCUAAAUAAAUUUGAUGCUGGUUCGCAUGAUAAGAUUUGUCUCACAUCACGUGAUGAACAAAAUGUUAUGAUUGUUAGUUAUUCCGAAUUACAUCAAGCAUUUGAACGUGCUUUUACUGAAUUAAUGAAUUAUGGAGUAACAGGAUCAUCUUGA